AUGGAAAGAGGACCAUGGCCGAGAGCAAUGGCGGCCCGGUGGCUCUUGUUGCUCCUUCUCGGUCCUGCUCUUCAAGUCCAUGCCCAGCUCGAUAGCUCAGAUUUCAUAAGCAUUGACUGCGGCCUGCCGGAGACGUCCACAGGCUUCACGGACAACGUCACCAAACUCUCGUACGUCCCGGACACUGGCUUCACCGACGCGGGCACCAACCACAACAUAUCGGCUGAGUAUGUCACGGCGUCUCUACCAAUGAACUGGCACACACUAAGGAGCUUCUCCGGCGACCGCGAUGCGCGCAGCUGCUACACGGUAGGGGACCUCGUGUCCGGCCUCAAGUAUCUCAUUCGAGCCAUGUUCAUGUACGGCAACUACGACAACCUCAACCGGUUGCCCAUCUUCGACCUAUAUUUGGGCGUCAACUACUGGCAGACCGUGAACAUCUCAGCCACGGACGAGAUGAUGAUUUACGAGAUCAUCUCCAUCAUCUCCGACGACCACGUGCAGGUCUGCCUCGUGGACACCGGCUCCGGGACGCCUUUCAUCUCCAGCCUGGACCUCAGGCCGCUCAAGAACAAUCUCUACCCGCAGUCUGACGAGUCGCAGGGGCUGGUUCUUUCAGACAGGAGAAACUUCGGCGCAAGCGAUAGCGUAAUUGUCAGGUACCCCGAUGAUCCAUACCAUCGUAUAUGGAUGCCACUAUUGAGCAAGACGGCGGAGUGGUCAGUAAUCUCAACGGACAAUAUUGUCGAGAAUCGAAGUAACUCCUUCGAGGCUCCAUCAGCCGUGAUGCAGACUGCAGUCAUGCCCACCGACCCCUCCAGCGCCUUCGGCUUCAUCUGGAAUGCCCAGUCUAGCGCCAAGAACCACAUGCCCGGGUACGUCUGCAUGGUGUACUUGGCAGAGCUGCAGCACCUCCCCCGCAACACCGUCCGACAGUUCAACAUAUACCUUAAUGGCGAGCUAGGGUAUUCCGGCGGCUACACCCCCUCGUACCUCUUCACCGACGUCAUCUACAGUGACAAGCCCUUCUACUCCUCUCACCCGUACAACAUCUCAAUGAACGCCACGAAGACUUCGACGCUUCCGCCGAUCAUGAACGCUGCCGAGAUCUUCUCGGUUGUGUCCACCACCGGCACAGCCACGAUCGCUCAGGAAGUUGCUGCCAUCACGGCGGUCAGAGACACUUACAAGGUGAAGAAAAACUGGAUGGGCGAUCCGUGUGCGCCAAAGAAGUAUGCAUGGGAUGGAUUGAGGUGCAAAUAUUUCGAGUCUAGCCCGCCAAGUGUCACAGGCUUGAAUCUAUCUUCGAGUGGUUUGAGUGGCAACGUGUCAUUUUCUUUUGCCAAUCUCAAAGGUUUACAGUACUUGGAUUUGUCAAGCAAUAAUCUGACUGGCUCAAUCCCUGAGAUCCUAUCACAAUUGUCAUUGCUCACGCUUCUAGACUUCACAGGCAAUCAACUCAGUGGAUCAAUUCCUUCCGAGCUUCUGAAAAGAACUCGAGAUGACUCCCUCAUAAUCAAAUAUGAUAACAACCCGAACCUCUGCACUAACAGAGAUUCUUGUCAGCCUGCACAAAAGAAUAGCAGGUCUAUGGUUGCCGUCUAUGUUGUUGGGACGGUAGUUGCAGUGUUGCUGAUUGUGCUUCUGUUGGUGCUACUCCUUUUCCUGCGCAGGCGGAUGCAUGGUACAACUAGCAACAUCAUCACGAUGGGGAACAAGGCGAUUAUCGCACCGUCACACGCUCAGAGCAGCAGUGGGCACAGCUCGCUGAGGCUCGAUAAUCGCCGCUUCACGUACAAUGAACUGGAAACCAUAACGAACAGCUUCCAGAGAGUGAUUGGCCGAGGAGGGUUUGGCAAAGUCUACCAUGGCUUCUUGCAGGACGGGACCCAAGUAGCUGUCAAACUGCGCUCUGAAUCUUCAGAUCAAGGUGUACAAGAAUUCCUGGCGGAGGCUCAGACCUUGGCUAAGAUUCAUCACAAGAAUCUUGUGUCCUUGAUUGGCUACUGCAAGGAGAGGGAGUACAUGGCUCUUGUAUAUGAGUACAUGCCUGAAGGAGCUCUACACCAACAUCUUGGAGGGAGCACGAACAAUGGAAAAACUUUAACCUGGAGGCAGAGACUUCGCAUUGCAUUGGAAUCCGCACAAGGGCUUGAGUACCUUCACAAAGGAUGCAAUCCACCACUCAUUCAUAGGGAUGUGAAAACGUCUAACAUUCUAUUGAAUGCAAACCUGGAGGCCAAGAUAGCUGAUUUUGGCUUGCUCAAGGCUUUCAAUCGUGGCAAUGAUACCCAUGUGUCUACUGCUAGAGUGGUCGGCACAUAUGGUUACCUUGCCCCCGAGUACCUUGCAACAUUUCAGCUGACCAACAAGAGUGAUGUGUUUAGCUUCGGCGUAGUGCUGCUAGAGAUAGUCACUGGGCAACCUCACAUCCUCAAUGGCCCGGAGCCAACGAGCAUCGUCCAAUGGGUGCGGCAGCGCCUAGCCCAUGGCAAUAUCGAAGCUGUAGUGGACUCACGCAUGCGUGGUGAUCACGACAUCAAUAGUGUGUGGAAAGUCGCGGACACCGCACUCAAGUGCACCACGCAGGCACCUGAGCAGCGUCCCACAAUGACUGAUUUGGUGGCGCAGUUGCAGGAGUGCCUAGAGCUUGAGGUUGCACGUGGUUACACAAAUGCUGGCUUUUACACGACUCGGAAUGGGGAUGACAUGUCAACUAAUGUGAGCCAGAGAACAUUCGAGAUAGAUCAUUUGGGCAGAGUGCCAACAAUGUCUACAGGUCCAGCUCUCAGGUGA